AUGGCUUUCCUCAGAAUCGUGCUGAGCCUCUGGCACCUCGCGGCCCCCGGCUCCCAAGGUGCUGCCGGGCCUGCUGGCCCGACUGGUGUCGCUGGGCCUGCUGGCCAGCCCGGGUUCUCUGGCCCCACUGGUCCCCCGGGGCCCGAUGGCCCACAUGACGCUGCCGGGCCUGUUGGUCCGACUGGCGUUCCCGGUCCUCCUGGGCUCACUGGACGUGCUGAUCCCCCGGGGCCUGCUGGCCCGACUGGUGUCGCAGGUCCGCCCGGUCCCCCGGGACCUCCGGGCCCUGGGUCUUCCGGUAUAGAGUCCACCGCCGCCAUCAUGACCACCGCCGCCACAGCGGUAACUGUGGCGGCUGAAGCCGCCUUUGAAGCAGCGAAGAAAGGGGCCGGUGGGGAGGCCGUCAAGGAGGCCAUCAGAAAGGGCAAGUUUGCCGGUCGGUAUGCUGCCUCUCUCGUGACUGGCUCCGGUAUCACCCCACCGCCGCCGUCGCAGACUGACCCGGCUCAGUAG